AUGCCGGCAUUAUUGGAGGAUCCAGAAUCCCCGGUAGUCUAUCGGGCUUCGGGCCAGAGUCCGUACCCGACCCCAGACAAUCCGCAAAUACCUUCGUCAAUAUUCCCCAGACCUGUCACGCUUCGAGACCGUGUCACUGUUGCAACCCUGAUACCAUUCUUCUCUCCGGAUGCCGUGCCAAAGAGACUUCUUGCAUACCUUUCGGAGCAGCUCAACAAGGAAAUUGAGGGUGGGGACACGUACCCCAUGAUCAAUCCUUUGCAGCUGGAAACUUUUGGGCCCUACUGGUUUGGCAAUUUUGGUGCUGUCAUGGUUCUCGGUGACAUUGGAGGCAUUGAGGCCGUGUCCGACAUGGAUCACGACGGCGUUGACUGGAACAAAAAGUGCCUGGGCAGUUUUUAUAUCAAGCCCAAUUAUCCUGGUCGAAGCAGUCAUGUCUGCAAUGGUGGGUUUCUAGUCACUCCUGCGGCUCGUAACAAGGGCGUCGGGAAAUCGAUGGGACAAUGCUAUCUAGAUUGGGCACCUCAGCUGGGGUAUACCUAUUCGGUAUUCAACUUGGUUUACGAGACAAAUACUGCUUCUACGAGGAUAUGGGAUUCGCUUGGUUUCAAGAGGAUCGGAAGAGUCCCCGGUUGCGGGCAUUUAAAAUCAUCGGAGGAACCUGUCGAUGCAAUCAUCUACGGCAGGGAUCUCAGAGCAGAGGGGGAAAAUGACCUCUCUGAAGAGCGCUUCGACAAGAUAAGGUACUACCUGAGACAUCAGCUCUACCCGCAAGGUGCCGAUAGAUCGGAGAAAAGUCGACUAAGGAGUGCUGCUACUCACUAUAAACUAGUCGCGGAUGCGGAUGGAGGCCCGGAGAGGUUGUUUUUGAAGGACAAAGAGGUCAUCUCAGACCCUCAAGCACAGUACGAUAUCGCCAAAAGGAUCCAUCUCCAGGCUCAUGCGGGCAUCAACAAGACCACCGCCAUCAUAGCAACCCAGUAUCAUUGGAUCCGGAUCAAAGAAACUGUGAGCCACGUCAUCAAGAAUUGUCUUGAAUGCAAAGAUCUCAAUAAGUCGAUGAUACUGCGCUCGGAGAAUCGACCUGGCCGAAGUAGGACGAUUGAUGAGGUUCCACCAGCUCUAUUGCAACCACAGCCAGGGCAGCCUACACCAACAUCAGUCAUAACGGCGCCACCUGCACAAACACCACAGCCACCAAAUUCCGCACAAACAGCAGCCGAGGUGCGAGCCAUGCCACAGCGGGAUCAGGACAUUACGACGAAUCACAUCUCCGAUCAUAUAUCUGAUCACGAUUUCACGUCAAUACAGCAACCCAUGGAUUUGUCUAACGACCAUGAUCCGCUAGUUAACGAUCCGGAUGCUCAUCUUCACGCCUACGACGAGAUGGCCAUCGACCCGCAGAUCAUGGAACAGAUACAAGCUCAACUUGAUGCCGACUAUAAUCCGAACAGCAACGCAUAUGUCUCGCCAGGAAUGCCCGCUUUCACGGAUCCUUCGCAUUUGCAAUCGACCCACGAUCCACGCGACUUCAGCCACCCAGCGGCUGAGCAUCAUUUCAUUCGUGACCCCAACCCACCAAUACUGGGACACGAUCACGUUAUGGACGAGGGCGGUGCAGGCACAGGGCUGAAUAGUAUGCAACCUAUGCAACAUGUAUUGCAAAUGGACUAUAUCGACCCGCAGAACGAGCAGCAAUUCAAGCUCGAGGAUCAAUUCAAGCUUGAGCCACGAUAA